CCCCCCACCUCUGUCUCUCCCUCACUUGCUCCUCAUCUCUCAGUCUGCUUUAAUUCAUUUCUGUGUAUGGGAAUAGAGGGCGAACAUGGACUGUGUGAGUCUUUUCAUCCUUGUAGUUCUUACGUUUUUCCACCAAACAGCUGUUUCUUCUCUUGAUGAAAUCACCUGGACCUACAAGGGCGUGGUGGGUCAGUCUGAGUGGUCGGAGCAUUUCCCUGACUGUGGAAGUUCUGCCCAGUCACCUGUUGAUGUAAUAACCACUCAGACUAGAUAUGACCCCAGUUUGUUUCCAGUGACCCCGCUGGGUUACAGUCAGUACGGCAACCAGCCCUUCACUCUGUUCAAUAAUGGACACACAGUGAUUGUUGAGCUGCCGGAGUGGAUGGGACUGGGGGGACUGCCAUGGCUCUAUUCAGCAGCUCAACUGCACCUUCACUGGGGCUCCGGUGGUCCAGGUUACGGGGGCAGUGAACACACCAUCAACGGCCUGAGUGCAAAUGCAGAGCUUCAUGUUGUGCACUACAAUUCUGACCUCUACCCCAACAUGUCCACAGCGAUGACACAGAGAGACGGCUUGGCUGUUUUAGGAAUUCUCAUUGUGACAGGUGAAGAGACAAACCCGGGUUUUAACAACAUCCUCAGCUACCUGAGCCGCAUCAGACAUGCUGGUCAGAAAGCGUUCAUCCCAGCCUUUGACGUCCGGUCUCUUCUCCCCAAUAACCUGGGGCGCUACUAUCGGUACAACGGCUCCCUGACAACACCUCCCUGUUACCAGAGUGUUAUCUGGACGCUGUUUCACGAGAGGGUUCAAAUCUCAAAGGCGCAGCUGCUGAAGCUGGAGACGAUACUUUACUCCAGCACAGCUGAAGAGUCAGAGAACAUGCUGCUGCAAGACAACUAUCGUGUUACACAACCACUUAACCACAGAGUCAUCUUCGCCUCCUUCUCUGCAGAAUCGGGAAGGGAACUCUCCUCUGGCGAAGUCACAGCCAUAGUGAUCGGAGUGAUGUGUGGCUGUGUGGGGCUGGCAGUAAUCAUUCGCUUCAUCGUGAAGACAAUACGAUUUUUUAAACUCCUCCACCUUGAAACAGUUGUGGUAAACAGUUCUACCUCUAGCUGGGACAUCCUGCACAACAACCGGCCAGCUCCCAUGCCAAGGGCAAAAGAGACAGAGAACCCAAAAGAACAAAAGCAAGACCUGGCUCUGAACAUGACUUUGGAAGCUGAAAGGAAAGAAGAGCCUUUACCUACCUCCCAGCUGUAGCACAUUUCACCUGAUGCUAGACACUCAAAUGAUAUUUUUACUGAUUUACGUCUCUUCAGGGAACUGAGAGCAACAUUUUUGUUCAAAAAGCAAAAAAGGAAAGAUUUCUCAGAACAAUUAACAUCUGGACAAACACAGUCGCAGCCUCCUGCUGUCAUCAGUGUCCUCUCCACCCAUAUUCACUGUUUUCUGUCAUAGUAAAUACGCCAUCUUAUUUGCAAGGCAUGUUUCCUAAACACUGCAGAUUUACGGAGGACUUCUGUACUUGAUUAAAUAUUUGCUUUUUCCAUUGCUUAUCGUCACUAUAUUUCUUGAAGCACAAGCACACUGCACUACAAAAAAAAAAAAAGUAUUUUUAUUGGGGAAAUUUAUCGUAACUUUUACUUCCCCUUUUCCCAGAAAAAAAAAGAUUUGUUUGGAAAGCAUAUGAAAUUUGUGUUAGCAGGUGGUGUUCAGACAUUGUGGCUGAAUAGAAAUUAACACACACACAUAUAUAUAUAUGUUUAUUGUUUUUUUUAAUGUUCCUAUAUGGAUUUCAGGUGCUACGCAUCCUUUAAUUCAAGUUUGGGAUUUUCUUUUUCUUGGUCUGUCAUACUGUCAAAGUGAGCACCACAUUAAAACAUUUGACUGUCAACCUAUUUGGACUUUUUAAUCUUCUAGCAUCACCAUGACUCAAUGUUCAUCAGCGACUCUAAAGUUCUCCAGUUGUGUGUGUGUGUAGGUGCACCUUUUCGCGUCACUCAUAAAAUUCAUGAUGAGUCCACCUUCACCACCUCUGUGGUCCACCUCAUUGGCUCU